AUGGAUCUUUCUGUUUUAGUUAGAUGCCUUAAGGGCGAUUCCUCAGCUCAAGAGACAGUUAACGAAAUUAUUGAGAAUCCAGAAUAUUUGCAACCUCUUCUUGAUUCAUUAUCAGACCCACAAGUUCAAUCAAAUCAUGAUGCUUUUUGGGCAGCAGCAACAGCAUUAAAAGAGUUAUUUAGACGUUGCUUCUACAAUAAUAAGGAACAAGACAUAUCUCAUGAAUUCCUUCAAUCACUUAUUUCACCAUUAUUACAAAUAAUUUCUUCCAAACCCGAUCAAACAUCCGAGCUUGUCGAAAUAAUAAGAUUAUGCACUAAUCUUGGAGCAAAAGAUACAUGUGAUUGGCUCUUAGAAACAAUUUCUCCAUAUCUUAAUCCAAAUUCAAGCGAUAAUCUUCUUACAAAUCUCUUAAUCAUUUGCAAUUCAAUCGCUCAGAAAUAUUAUGCCACUAGAGAUAUCAAUUCCAAUGAAAAAAUUGAAAUUUUUGAUAGUUGGAUGCAAAUUUACGCUCCAUUAUCACUUCAUAUAGUCGAAAAACAGAAGACAUCCAUCAACAAUCAGCUUAUUGAUAUUGACAUGCAGUUAAUGAGAAAUGUUUUAAUAAAAUGCGUUGCUUCUCUUGAUAUGGAAGAGCUAAUGCAAUUUUUCAUCUCAUCAAUCAACUUACUAUUAGUUGAUCAAAAUACUGAAGCUGUCAUCAAGAUGAAAAGUUCAAUUAUAAAAUUAUUUAACAAAAUUGUCAACGAUUUUUCAAACAGCGCCAAGUAUCCAAGCUUUUCAAGCAAAUUUAAUGACGAAAUCAUACCAAUUCUUGUACAAAAUGUAAGUUCAAACUUUAAUUAUUUUAUUCAAAACAGAAAUCAGCUGAAUGAUAAAUUCCUUUGCCAAUUACUCAACAUUGUUACUCAACUACAUGGCAUUACAGGUGCUUUCGAGACAGAAGACUUCAUUGCAAACGUUUUAAUUCCAGCAACAAUUUUAUCCAACGACCAAAUCGUCGAAUACUUCAUGAAUCCCGUAGAAUACAUCGAGUUCAAUCUCGCCCAAGUUGUUAAACGCGAAACAGUUCGUGGUGCCGUAUGUCUUUGCUUAAGGAGCUUCGACAAGUUCGAUUUCACGGCGGUUUUGCCAGGCGAUGAAAUUGAGAACAUUUACGAGAAAGAAGCAAGAUUCUUCAUAUAUUGCAAUGCGCCAAGGAAGGGCAAGAUAAAGAGAGCCCUCAGCAACUCAAUACAUGAUUAUUUCUUGUCACUUCCUCUACAAGAUGCUGCAACCUUCGAAUCUGCACCAAUUUUAUCAAAUCUGGAAGCGAAUAUCGAUCAGGUAAGAGAAGAAUUUGGCGUUCUGCUACUCAUUCCUACUCUAAUGAUGAUAUUUAUGAAGGCAGAUUUGAAAUCAAAUUCCCUCAAGUCAGAAGCCUGGGAAUUACUAAACGUUGUUUCUCAGGAUAACUAUGUCUUCCAGUUUGCAUGCAUUUCUUUACUCAAAUUCUCAAUCGAAAUUUCAUUCGAUGUUGGAGAGAUUCCAGUUAACGAACUUAUCGAGAAACUACUAGCCAUGAUGAAUUCCCCACAGAAGUUCUCCAUUACGCCCGAUUUUCUUAAAUUUAUUUUGGAAAAUUUCGAAGAGGCCAAACAAUUCUCAAAUCAGCUCUUACACCCACUUGUCAUGCAGUGGAUGGAGCUCUUCGACGAGCUGAUCACCGCAGAUGAAGAAAUGAUGAACGAUGAUCUUCCAGAAAACUUCAUGAACACGAUUGAAGACAUCAAGACCAUUCUACUCGGCAUUUCAGAGGACAGCCUUGUCGAAGCAUCCCAGCUCAUGAUGGAAACAGCCAUAGAAGCCAUGAAAAUCAAUGUUUCGCAAGGAUCAGAAAUUCUGAGCUGUAUCGUCACUUUGUCAAACCGCAUGAAACAUCUUUCUAGCGAUUACGUGAAGUUUAUUCCUGUUCUGGACUCCGCUCUCAACGCUUUUCUCGAGAACCAAGAGGAAGUCCAAUUAAUCCACAUCUCGUCAAUUCUGAUAAAUUGUAUCACAAAAAUUGACGAAUUCAAAACUGACGACAGUUUGACUCAAAUGGUCAUUGACAUGGUUAGCAAAGUUACUAAUCCAGAGAACAGCGAAAUGAUCUUCCCCAACGAUGUUGGCUCUUUCUUUGUUCUCAUGUCUGCUUUGAUUUUUGUUCGUCCUGAGUUCACUUCUGACAUUUUGAAUUUAGUCAACAAUUACUUACUAGGAAACAACGAACUUGAUACAUCACUUAUCCAUUUAAGUGCUGCUGCAUUUGUUUAUGCAACAGCUAUGAUGAAUAAUCAAGAAAUUGCUGUUCCACAAGAAAUUGUUGAUUUUUACCUCCAAAACACAGUCAUUGAAACUGACAAUGGAUUGGAGGCACAUCCAAACGCUCCUCCAGGAAUAAGGAACGCAAAGAUAUGGUUGCUCUGCCUGCUUUACGUAUCAAGGUAUUCAAACGAAGCAAGAGAGCCAACAGUUGUUUAUUCACAACACGUUGCAAAAAUGAUACAAAAUGCAAAAGAAAAAGAAGAGAAAUUGCUUCAAAGAAAGAAAGUUUUGGCUCAAGUUGAUGAGUUGGAUGCAGAAGAAGAGGAUUUCUUUGAAGAAGAAGAAGAUGUAGGAGAUAAAGAAGGAGUUGAUGAAGAGUUUGUUGACGAAGGAGUUGUUUUGCCUUGCGAAAGCGUAAAUCCAAUGUCUCUUUUCUUGCAGAUAUUUGGUAAUAGCGAAUUGGCACAGUUUGUACCUGAACAGUUGUUUGAACUAGCAAAAUCUUUGUCUCAAUAA